CGGGUGGCGCAUGUGCAGGCUCCAGGCUUUACGUUGAGAGGUUGCCGCCGCGGCGCCGGAGAUGUGAUAUUAAGUGAACCAAAUGUGUUUUAUCACCAUGGAGAUCUUGAAGAAUCACCUGAGCACCAAGUUCAUAUGCAUUCUAUCUUAGGGGCAUCUAUUGGACAACAAAACCUCUCACAUGUGGGCUCUAACAGAGGGAAGCUUUAAAUAUGCCAUUUAACACAGGCUCAAUUUGAAGAAAGACUUUUAAAAUCAUGGAGAGAAAAAUAGUACUUUUUGCUCAAUUGUGCAAACUCUUCAAGUAUCUCUGAGAAUUAGAGAGGAACCCUAAUGAAGCCGUGAUUCUGAAUGAGGCCCAGCUAGGUUCAUUCUUGGGCCCUCAGAUUGACCCUCACAUCUCUGAAAACAAGCUCGAAAGCCUUAAAACUGGUCAGAUGAUGGAUGAGUCAGAUGAUGACUUUAAGGAACUCUGUGCCAGUUUUUUCCAAAGGGUGAAAAAGAAUGGCACCAAGGAAGUGUCAGGGGAAAGGAAGACAAAAAAGGUCUCAAAUAUCACUCAGAUAACAAGCAAACUGGAAAGGACCAAACCAACUGCUACCAAGAGCAAAACUUGUCAAGGCCCCAGGGAGAGAAAAACUCGAUCUGGUAGCAAGGCCACAAGGACGAAAAAGCAAGGGGUACCCAAGUGGCAGAAGAGUGAACCAGCUCUCUCUGAGAAUGGGGAGGGAAGUGUGCUUGCUUCUGCUGUGCUCAUGGAGGAUGCAUGGCGCACCCAGACAGAGGCUGCUCCUAAUGGCGACUCCCAGGGCCCUUCCUCUCUGACUUUGAAGGCGCCAAGUCCCUCCAAACCCCGGGCAGCCGAGGUGGUCCUACAGCGAAUGCAGCAGUUCAAGAGAGCAGACCCCAAGCGUUUGAAUCAUGCUUCAGAAGGGUGCUCCCUCCAGGAUACACUUGAAGAAAAUGUUCCAAAGGGCCCUCAAGAGGCGAUGAUGGCGGGUAAUGAGCCUGGGCCCUGGCUCCCUGCCACAGAAAGCGACACUGCAGUGGCCUUGGCGCUGCAGCAGGAGUUUGGGCAGGAACAAGCUUCGGCACGUGACAAUAGCCUGGAGGAGAAGGGGUUAUUCUUCUGCCAGAUCUGUCAAAAGAACCUCUCAGCUAUGAAUGUGACACGAAGGGAGCAGCAUGUGAACCGGUGCUUGGAUGAGGCUGAAAAGGCACUGAGACCUUCCACACCUCAGAUCCCUGAAUGCCCAAUUUGUGGCAAGCCAUUUCUCACCCCAAAGAGCAGAAUCAGUCACUUGAAACAGUGUGCAGUGAAGAUGGAGGUUGGCCCCCAGCUCCUGCUCCAGGCUGUGCGGAUGCAGACAACUCUGCCUGAGGGGACCUGCAGCACACUGGCACAGGCAUCAAGUUUCAGCAAUCACUUUGGAGGUCUGAAGCGGAAGGGAGCCCCCAGCAAGAAGGAGCCACAGAAGAGGCAGAAGGUCAAUGAGCCUGAGGUGCUGUCUGAGGACCUCCUAGUGGCCAUGGCUCUAUCCCGGUCCGAGAUGGAACAGAAGGCUGUGCCUGCGAUGCUCACACUGGGAACUGCUUUUUCUGAGAGGACAAGACUGUCAACAGAGAAGAAGAGUCGCAAGAAGAAAGCACCCCUUUCCCCACCCCAGUUAUUAGUCCAGGACUCAGAGACCACAGGGAGACAGAUUGAGGAUCGCGUGGCCCAGCUCUUUGCAGAGGAGGAAGUAGAAUUGUCCAGCACGCCACCACUUCCUGCAAGUAGACUUUUAAAGGAAGAGCUGGAAAAGGCCAGCAGGAGUCUGCAACCACCUGAAGGGAAGCAGAACUUUCUGUGGGAGGGCAGUUCCUUGACCAGGGCCUGGACUCUGGAGUCUUUCUAUACAGCAAGCCUGGUGCCUCCCAUGGUGCCCCAGCGGUCCACCAAGGAGCCUCCGUUGCCACCAGUGUUGCUUGACCAGCCACAGCAGGGUGUGUGCUUGCCACCUGCCCUCCACAGUGCCUGUCCCAGGAAUCAGUCACCCUCUGCCAGCCAAAGGGAGUACCAGGCCCUGCAGGACCUCAUGGACCUGGCAAGAGAGGGGCUGUGUGCUAGUCCAUUGCCCUGCAGUGAGGCCCCUGCUGACUCAGGGGGGACCGCAGGGAUGGAUCUAUGGCCCGGUGGCCUUCCACUGACUGGGUUUGUCCUGCCACCUGAGGAGCAGAACUUGGAAGUGGGCAGUCAGGCUUCGCUCUCCCUCGGUUUGCUGGUUGCUGACUUUAGUGCCAUGGUAAAUAACCCACACCUGAGUGAUGUCCAGUUUCAGAUGGACAGCGGGGAAGUGCUAUAUGCCCACAAGUUUGUGCUUUAUGCCAGAUGCCCACUUCUCAUUCAGUAUGUAAACAGAGAAGGAUUCUUUGCUGUAGAAGAUGGCGACCUAAGAACCCAGCGCGUCCUUCUGAGUGACGUGAGCACUGAGGCUACCCAUGCAUUCCUGCAUUAUCUCUAUACUGCGGACACUAGCCUGCCUCCCCAGCUGGCCCCUGACCUGAGUUCUCUGGCCUGCAGGUUUGGUGUUAGUGAACUUGUUCACCUGUGCAAACAAGCAUCUGUUGUGAUGGAUGCGGAGGGCAGACAAUGGAAGGAGAAGGAAGAUGAGGAUUGUGAAAGCAGAGCAGAGAAUUUCCAAGAACUCUUGAGGUCAAUGUGGGCAGGUGAAGAGGAGGAAGCAGAAGCCUUGUUGAAAUCCGAGGGCCUUGAAGAAGACAGAGAAAAGGUCAAUGAAGCAGAAAUGGAAGAAAUUUAUGAAUUUGCAGCUACUCAGCGAAAGCUACUCCAGGGGGAAGGAGCUCCAGAGAUCAAGGAGGAAACUAACCAGCUUGGGGAGGAUGGUCCAGGUUCUGGGCAAAUCCUAGCAAGCAUCCAGGUUAAAGAACAGUCAGAAAAUGCAGAACAGAUGGAGUCAUCUGGGCAGGGAAGAGAUGAAGCCCCAGCCAAAAGGAAAGAUGUGAGUCAGUCCAUGUUCCUGCCACUCGAGGGCCAGUGUUCAGAUGGGAAGGAGGAAGCAGGGGCCCCAAAGGAAGCGCUGGAUCAUACCAGCUCCUCUAGCCCCUCUCCAGGCUGCUGGGCAAAGAAAAAGGAAGGACCUUUUUUGUACUCAGUUGAUGAUGAUGACAAUGAACAGCCCUUUCCAUCAACUCCAGGAGGAUACCCUGAACCAUCCCAAAUAACAAGUGGUCACGAGACAGGCAACGGCAUUAUCAGAGAAAGGGAAGGGCAGAGCUCCCAUCCCUCCACUCCAAGGCAGGCACCUCCAUCGCACCCAUGUUUCUUCUCAUCGCAGCCCCCUCUGGGCAGGAGUCCCCAACAAUCACAGCCUCACCCUCAUCUCACAAGUGACUCAUCCCCACCAACGCCCCAAUCGCAGGGCAGAGUUUCCAGGGUAUCCUCCCAGGACCCACCAUCAAAGCAGAAGAGGGGCCGGAGCCUUCUCACACUACUUAACCAUUCAGACUGCCAGAAAGGUGAAGAACAUGGUUCUGCGUUGGAAUGCAGAAAUAAAGGGAUCCUGACCUCAUCAGAAAAGUCUCCAUCCAUUGACCUAACUCAGGCAAAACCUGGCCAUGGGAGCUCCAGAUCUCAGAAUUUUCCAUCCAGCAUGAACAGAGAAGAUGAGAUUAUCCUUUUAUUGGAUUCAGAUGAAGAGCUAGAGCUAGAACAAACAAAAUUAAAGUCAGUUUUUAAUGGUUCCCUGGAAGAAGGGAAAGUUCUAGAAGUUAGCCCCAAGUUGUCUGACCUGUUCUCCAUAAUUGAUGUUGAUGCAGAUCAGGAAGCUUCGCAAAGCCCACCAAGGAGAGAGGCCACAGUGCAGCAGGAGGAGGGGCAGCCAUCAAAGAACCAUGGCAGUGUGAGUGGCAGAGGGACGCCCCAGCUGUUCUGUAACCCCGAGAGCAGCCCUGAUGAGGACAGCACCACAGACACCUCGUGGCUGGUGCCUGCCACCCCACUUGGCAAUAGAAGCCAUGACUGCUCAUCACAGACGCGAGUCAUGGGCCUCAGGUCCAGGACUUCAGCAUAUGAAAUGGCUCAGCUCAAGCCCAGGACCCCAUUAGAAAGCAGGGAUGGACCCAAAGCCUCUAGUAAGUUUUCAGUAAUUGUGCCCCAGACAUCAUCAUCCUGCCUGGUCCCUGUCAAUCCUAGAAGCCCUUCCAGUCCCCAUCCCAGGCGCCACAGGGACUUUUCUCUGCUGGCUCCCUGUCCACCCUCAGGAAGCAUCACUGAUUUCAGUGGGCAGUUCCAGAAGCGCUCACUGCCUAGGCCAAGCCUGCCGAAUCAGACCACAGCGAGUGAAGUGGUUGAGGUGGAAGACAGUGAAGAUGAACAGGAGGUAGCCCCCCAUCAGUCGAGUAGCAGCCCCCUGCUGAACAGCGCCCCCCCCAUUCCAACUGAUGACUGCUGUUGGCAUGUUGAGCCCCUCUCACCAAUUCCGAUUGAUAAUUUGAACCUUGAGCGGACUGGCCCCCUGAGCACCAGUAGCCCAGGCUGUAGGGCUGGGGAGGCCCCAAACAGUGGUGACUGCCACUCCCCUGCACCCCUGGGUAUCACCCCUAUUCGAGGAAGCUGCACUGGCCAAAGGAAGUCUCGAGAGAAAUCCCCUCUGGCCAGCUCCCCUGGGAGCAGCAGGCUGAGCUUCUUGAAUUCAGCUCUGUGGGACGAUUGGAAUGGAGAAGAACAGAAGUCUCCAGAGGAUCUUUCUCUGGUCCAGACACCGAGUGCUGAUCAAGCUCAAAAAUCAGAAGGGUUAGAGAAGCCAAGUACUAAUCGGAGGAAGAACUUGCCCCCAAAAGUGCCCAUAACACCAAUGCCACGGUAUUCCAUCAUGGAGACCCCGGUACUAAAGAAGGAACUGGAUAGGUUUGGGGUACGCCCUCUGCCCAAACGCCAGAUGGUCCUGAAACUGAAGGAGAUAUUCCAGUACACUCACCAGACGCUGGAGUCAGACUCCGAGGAUGAGAACCAGUCCUCACAGGUGACCCUGAAGGCUCCUUGCAGCCAGACCCAUUCCACCAAGACCUCCAAGGCUUCAAGGGCAGCUGGCUGUGUCAGGUUGGAGGCCACUUCUGACCCUGUUCCCCGAAGGUUCAAGGGACCUGCUAAGACCAAGGGUACCCGACAUCGAAAGCAGCAGCCUGGUGGAAGCAUCCCUCGCAUGUCAUCAGCCGAAGAGGUGCCUCUAGGCCCUGAUGGUGAUGCCCAGCUUCCGGCCUCCCAGGAAUCGACGGCCACCUCUGUGGAUGGCAGUGACAGCUCAUUAAGCUCACAGAGUUCUUCCUGUGAGUUUGGAGCGGCCUUUGAGUCUGCAGGAGAAGAUGAGGAUGAGGAGGGGGUCAGUGCUUCGCAGGCGGCUGUGCAGGCAGUGGCCACAGAGGAGGCAGUGAGGCGCUACAUCCGCUCCACACCGGCACUCUACCGCAAGGUCCUGCUGUACCAGCCCUUUGAGCUGGUGGAGCUGCAGGCUGAGCUGAAGCAGCAGGGCAUCCGCAUGGCCACAAGGAAGCUGCUGGAUUUCCUGGAUGCCCACUGUAUCACCUUCACCACUGCCGCGGCCCGGAAGGAAAAGUUUGAGAGGAAGAGGCGGCAGCCCAUGGGCAAGAAGAAAAGGGUCAGAACUGACCGGCCCGCCCCCCACUCUCCACCCAUGGCCAUCAGCAGCCUGUGAUGUGACCUGUAGCCCCUUCAGCAAGCUAGGCCUCUACAAGCAUUUCUGGGCCUUGGGACCAUAUCUGCUCCCCCUGUGAAAAUGAUGGUGGCACUGAUGUGGAUCAGCUUCCUUUCCACUCCCUUUCCUGGAGUGGUAUUCAGAGCAUGUCACCCACUGGAUUUAGGGCUCCUGGCCUCCUCCCUCUAUUGGUGCCCACUGUUUGUUUCCCUUUAACCCUGUUGGGCCAGUGUGUGUUUCUGAAGGGCAGAGGGCCUCCACCAGCUGGCAAGCGUGAGGCCUGACUUGACACAUCUUUUGCUCUCUAUAUCCAUCAGUUGCAGUAUGUCCAUUCUUGAUGUGGAUGCCCAGGUCCAGUCUGCCCUGUCCGUCUCCCUUUUCAGUACUUGUGCUGUAAUCCUAGCCUCUACCAGCAGACCAGGCAUCCACAGACCUUCCACACUGCCAUGCCCCAGGUACUCUGCUGGCCCAACCAUCCUGCCCAGACACCUUUCAUUGUCACCAGCAGUCUCCAAACUGGCCAGUGCAGAAGAGCCCAGCAUAGCUCUCCAGUCCCCGGAACAAGCAUGCUCAUUGUGACCUGGUUUGGUUGAUGUGUGUUAAAGCUGCCUCCAGCCUCAGGAACAGUGUGGAACACAGGUAAGGCCUGGAAAAGAAGGAGAGUUUGAGUCUGCAUC